UAAAAGUAGAUCCUGCCGAAGAAUGUUCUAUCGGAAAAUCUGUUAGAGCCUGCUUCGUGAAAAAGGGAAAGGAGUUGAGCUUCUUUCCAUACUUGUAGUUCCGAUUGGCUAUACAACUACCUAUUUUAUGAAAAUAUCGACUGGCUAUGAUUUCUAUUUGAAAGCACAUCACUAUAAUUCAGAGGGAUUGAUCAUUCUGGAAGAAGCAAAUUCCAGCCCUACAAUGGAUUUAACAGUAUUGAAAACGAAAUGCUUGAAGGAGAGUGGUGCUAAGAACGGGGUUGUAAGGAAGUUGAUAGGAAAGCCUGUCAUCCCAGAAGGAACUGUUGAGAAAUGCUUUUUGGCCUGUGUAUACAAAGGUUUAGGAGUUGUGGCGCCUAAUGACACAUUUGUGCCAGAAAAAGUCAAAUUCAUCGCCAAUCAACUCCUAUAUGGACAGAACAUGAAGAUCACAAAAAUGGUGGCAGACGCUUGUACCACAGAGAUAAAAGCAGAUCCUGAUGAGAAAUGUUCAAUUGGAGAGUCUUUCAGAGCAUGUUUUAUAAAAAAGGGAAUGGAUGGAAUGGCAUAUGGCAUAGUAGCAGCAGAAUUGGAAAAAAUUAAAAAUUCCUGUUUGAAAAAAGUUGGAGCCACUGAAGAUACCGCACGAAGGUUGGUUGGUGUCAAUGUUGUGUCUGAGAGCCAUCUUGAAAAUUGCUUCCUAACUUGCAUGUACAAAGCAAUGAAGAUAAUGUCUUCUGACUACAAGUUCGUUCCUGACACAGUUAGAAAAAUUGCAGACGAUCACUUCCUUGGGAAAAAUUUGAAGGUCACGUAUCAGAUCGCCGAUCUUUGCACCAAAGAAAUAAAAGCAGAUCCUGCUGAUAAAUGCUCAUUUGGAGGAUCUCUCAGAACCUGUUUCAGUAAAUAUGCUAAAGAGCUGGGAUUCUUUCCUCAUAUAUAAAUUUGGUUACUCCACAUUUUUGUGAAAGGAUUAUCAUGAGGCACAGAAUUUAGCGGUAAACAAAGCAAUCGAUUCCGUGGAUUCAAUUACCAACUAUACACAAAUUAUUCUUAUGUUAUCAUUUCAAAUGUAAAAGUAAAUGGGUUUGAACAAUUUUAAUAAAUUGGGUUUUUGUGGUGGUGAA